GCUGGCUAGUCCUUGGAUUAACUCAUUCACAUAUCAUUCAAUACCCUUACCUGAAGCAGUCGAACCGUUCGAAGAUGGUAUCGACGAAUCGAGGAAGUUCUGUAAAACACCCAAGCUACGUCCAGCGAUACCGCUUCUUCGCCCACACGUUACUGAUACUCGGAAUGAUCUGCGUCGAUCUUUCAGAUGCUCAAUCUGCCCGAUCAUGUGAUAGAUCGAUGAAAAUGGAUAACUCUCGACCUCUGUCAACACCGCAGGAAUGCGCACGUCAAUGCACAGAAGGAGAAUCGCCAAAAACCUGCUACUAUCAUUUCACGGUAGAACUAUACAACGUUCUUGGCUCCCCUUGCAAACUCUGUACACCUGGCCCAAACAACUCACUGACGAAUGAGUGUCAAUGCGUGACUUCCGAUGGCGUGCCGACGACCGUCUUGACCGUGAACAGAAUGAUACCUGGACCCAGUAUCCAGGUGUGCUUGGGUGACAAGGUCGUCGUCGACGUCCAGAACAAAAUGAAAGGCAUGGAACUCACGAUUCACUGGCACGGGAUUCAUCAGGAAAAAUCGCCUUACUACGACGGUGUACCUUUCGUAACUCAAUGCCCGAUUUCUCACGGAAAUACCUUCAGGUAUCAAUGGAUCGCCGGAAACGCCGGUACACACUUUUGGCAUUCCCAUACCGGUCUUCAAGAAAUGGAUGGCGUUUACGGGAAUCUAAUUAUUCGGCAGCCUUGCAAGCAAGACCCUAACAGCCACCUUUACGACUACGAUUUAUCGGAGCACAUCGUGCUGAUUAGUGAUAGAUUUCACGAAGAGGGUACCGAACGAUUCCCAGGACUGCUGAAAGGACGUGUAGGACAGGACCCAGUGUCACUAUUGAUUAACGGAAAAGGGCGGUACACGGACCCAAGUUCUGGUAAUACGACUAACACGCCGUUGGAAGUGUUCAACGUUUUGGCAGGCAAAAAAUACAGAUUCAGACUCAUCAGUGCUUUCUCGACUGUGUGUCCUGCUCAACUCACGGUCGAAGGACACAAGCUGACCGUAAUAGCCACGGAUGGUCAACCUGUUGAACCUAGAGUCGUCGAUAGUAUAGUUUCUAUGGCAGGUGAGCGUUACGAUUUUAUCAUUUUCGCCAAUCAAACACCGCGAGCCUACUGGAUCCAGCUACGUGGUAUCGGGGAAUGCGGUAUCACCAGAAUUCAGCAGCUCGCAAUUCUUCGCUACCAAGGCCAUGGAAGAUAUAACAGACCGUGUUCCGAAUCACCAACGUACGAUCAGGGGCUUUCCGCGGGAGUGGUUCUUAACCAACUGGGAGUAACUUGCGACUCUUCGGAUCAAAACGUGGUGUGCGUUGGCGAUCUACGAAAAGCCGGAUAUGUCGACGAAAGCAUCCUUGGGCCAGAGCCAGACGUCAAAGUCUGGUUGCCAUUUUAUUUCAACGAUUACAAACCGGAGGAUCUCUUCCAGCCAAAUACUUAUCUUCCAUUCUUGAUUCCACCGCCUGGUGUUGAAACAAUUGCACUAGUUGGCAACAGGUCAUUCUCUUUUCCAACGGCACCACUUUUGUCACAAAGGAAGGAUAUACCAGCGUCAGAAAUUUGUGACCAUGAAACAACUCCAGCUAAUUGCAGUACACCCUGCAUAUGCACGCAUGUGGUUAACUGUCGACGAAACUCCUCGAUUGAACUAGUCGUCAUUGAGCCAGAACCGUAUACGAAUAUGUCCCAUCCUUUUCAUCUGCAUGGGUACGCCUUCAGCGUAAUUGGCCAGGGUCCAUCGCCGGCUCCUAAUGCAACCCGCCUCACCUUAGAUCAGAUUAAAGAAUUCGACAGAAAGGGACUGCUUCGUAGGCAGUUCGACAGACCGCCUUCCAAGGACGCCAUCGCUGUGGGACCAGCUACCUACGUCAUCUUAAGAUUCCGUGCUGAUAAUCCAGGCUACUGGCUAUUCCACUGUCAUUACACGUUUCACUUAGCGAUCGGCAUGUCUGUUGUCUUCAACGUUGGUGAUCCCUCAGAUCUGUCGCCGGUUCCACGAGACUUUCCGGUUUGUGGUAAUUACCUACCUCCCAUCGAGUUUGCCGGUGAUAAUUCGGGAAACUGAUCCUGUAUCAGCAAAAAAAAACAAUUCAUCCACCCCAAUGUACGAAAAAUCCGGUCGACAUAAAUUAUAGAAUUGAGAAUAAGUUCUAAACAUUUGCAUAUUAGGAUAUUUAUUAUUAUACAUAGAAAGUAAUAUUUGACCCUUUCUGUGUCUACACACAUUCUGAGUGGGUAAAUGUUCAAUUUGCAUUACGUUAUUCCUCUGUACAAGUACUGCUCACUAAUAAUUAGUCAACAAUAUUACUAUGUUAACAUUGACACAUUUCACCUCAGAAAUUCUACGCGAAAUUUUCGUAGCGCAAAUCAUUAACCCAGCAAAUCUGCAAUCUGAUUAUUAGUAUAUUAGUUAAUAUAAGUUACUUUUUGAUUUGAAUUUCUUCACACUAACGCUGUGUCUUCGAAGUACACUUUUCAGUUUUUUCGCUACGCCCUGUACGCACGAGUAUUCACCUGUACGAUACUUAAUCAAAAUAAAAUAUGGCUUGGAAUUUA